UGUUGGCAACGAGGUAAGUCCGUCAACCUUCUAUUCGGAGUUGUGAAGUUCGUGAAAAGAGUUUAGCUUGCUGGCUAGUGGCUACCUGUUCAGCUAAGGGGAAGUAUCGGAGCAAUUAUACUAAGAUCGAAAGCACGGCGCUGGGCCAAGCCACUAGGGGGGUGAUGUCUGAUAGCAGCAACAUCACCGACAGUAACAGUUCCAGCAACAACUGGACUGUCUUCCCCACUGAGCAGCCUGCCGUUGGAAAUGUUGGCCCAGGAGCUGAGGGGAGUGAAAGUUUGACAGCCGCACCCAGUUUGGCACUGCGAGAGACAGGCAAGGAGACAGAGAAACUGACUGAUGACAGUGCAGCAGGAAUGGAGGAAGUUCACCCUGAGCAGGGCCUACAGGAACCUGCUGUUGAAAAUAUUGGCCCAGAAGCUGAAGUGAAGGCAGGUCUUGCAGACACGCCUGUCUCGGCACAGGAAGUGACAGGGGCAGAGACGGGCGGCGGCGCAGCGCAGACUGAGGAUGUUCGCUCUGAGGAGGGCCUGCAGGUUUGCCAGGAAACUGCGCCUGAGAGCAAUGAUGGCUCCACCCCUCCCAGCCCCACCCUGUUAAGCCCCUCACCCUCCUUUGGCUGCCACCCUGAGGGCUACAGCCACAUUAGCCAUGAGCCUGAAACCUUCUCUGACACGUACACCCACGUAAGCUCCUCCCCCGAGAGCCACAUACCAAUCAGCCCUGAUUCCCACGGAGGGGCGGGGCUUCAGCAGGAAGAAGAGGGCUCUGAGCUGGCCAGAAAAGUGUCUGAUGUUGGGAAACAAGCAGUGCAAUUGGUGGACCAGCUGGUCAAGGACAUGUUCCAUAUCUGGGAAAGGAAGCUGACGAGACGAGGAAUCUCUGAAUUGCCCUAUGACUCCGAGUUGGGGGCGGAGCAAGGCCCCGAGGGGGAGGGGCUGAGGAAGAGGAAAGUGUUUCCGAUUGGACCCUUGGACGAGCUGGGGAGGGAGGGCGAUGAGGUGGAGGAAGACAACCGGCUGAGGCCCAGAGAGGGCGAUGAGGAUGGAGGCUUCACUCUCAACAAGUGCAUUUUGGGAGCUCUGCUUUUGCUUGGCAUUGGCACCAUUGUAUUUUCAGGUGUCUUCACUGACCUGGAUGAUGCGGAAGAUGUUCAUACGAGAGAACUGAGUGAGACGGAGCUGCAGGGGAACCAGGCGUUUCAGAGUGCAGAAGCAGAACCCCAGGGAGCUCAGGAGAUGGCAGAGCUUCUGGAUAAACUUGCGAAAGAGAACCAGCAAAUCAGCGAUCUACAGACACAACUACAGACCCAGAAAGAGGAGCUCAACCUGGCCCUGCAGCAAGCAGAGGAGAAAGGGAGAGAGAGCGUCCGGAGCGGAGAGCUGGAGAGAGAGAAUGAGAAGAUGAAAGAGGAGCUGUCUUCUCUACCUGCCCUCCAGAGUGAGCUGGAGUCCCUGAGGGCCAGAGUGACAGAACUUACUUUACUCACAGCCAAGGAAGAUUCUCAGGAAGCCCCUAUCGCUGCCUCAGCACUGCCCCCAUCUGACCAAACAGAGAACAGCACCCAGACCCCUGCAGUGGGGGAGGAGGCAGGAGCGACGGAGGAGAAGAGCCAGGCGGGGAGUCUGGAGGAGGAGCUGGAGCGACAGAAGGUUCUGUUAGAGGGCAGCAGGAAGAGGCUGGAGGGGAUGAAGGCAGAGGAAGGGGGGAAGAAAGGAGUGAGAGAGGGGCUGGUGGAGAUGGAGAGGAGGCUGACCGAGCAGGUGGAAAAGCUGGGGAAGAGAGGUGGAGAGAAGGGGAAGAGACCGUGGGAAGCAGGGAGUGAGAGAGCGGAGCAGGGGAAAGAGUGGAGGGGGGAGAAAGAGGCUCACGGACGGAGAAAUGGAGGGAGAGACGGAGGCAGGGAAAAAGAACCGAGGAACGAGUGGAGAGGAGAGAAGGAUUGGAAAGAAGGAGGGGAGAGAGGGAGAGGAGCUGAUAGAGUGUGGAAGGAGAUGGAGGAGAGAAAAGAACGGAGGGCAGAAAAGGACUGGAAAAGGGAGUGGCACGGCGGACGAAAUGAGGGGAAAGAACGGAAGCAGAAGGAAAGAAAGGAACAGGCAGGUGAGAAGGAGUGGAAGGCGGGCAGAGACGGAGAGAGGGGCGGGAAAGACUGGAAACCGAGGGAAGAGGAGAAGGAGAAAGGGUGGUACAAAAACUGGGAGAGAAAAAAAGAUGGCUGGAAGGAGGAGAGGAAACCGCAUAGUAAAGAGGGUCAUCACAAGCACGAGGAGAGCAGGAACGGGAGGGAAGGCGUGGGCGAGCAGAAGGAGAAGGCCAAGAAAGACAGGCACUGGCAGGGUACAGCAGACAAGACCCCACUGGAUCCCUCACACCGGCACCACGAGCACAACCAGUACUGGAAACGCAAGCGGGAGAAACUCCAGCACUUCUACCGCCCCCUAGUGCAGUGUCACGGUAUCGCAGAGUGUGCCAAAGUAGAAGGACUCGCUCCUGUUCAGCUCUCUGAUUUCGAGGCUCUCCUCGCAGGCUACUUGAGUAAGAUGGAGGCGGCUGGCGUCGGUGGCGGGGAAGAAAUAGGCAAGCUAGUCAAGGAUUUUUUCGUGGACGGGGUUUUCACCCAUGACAAGAUUUCCUUCAGGGAUUUUGUGGAAGAUUUAGCUGACAUUUUGGAGGAUAUGGUGGAGGGUGAGGGAGAGGACAAUGAUGAGAUGGAGGAUGAGAUGGAGGCGUUCGAGAAGGAGGCCUUGAGGUUGUUUUCAGUAGGGGUGGUAGAGCGGGGGGGUGAAGGAGAGGAUUUAAGAGCUGGAUGAAGAAAAAGGAUGGGGGUGUGAUAAGGGGUGUGGAUGGAGAAUUAGCGCAGAUAAUGCCCGGGAGAUCUUCAUUUAGAGGGAAAUUUCUUCAGAUGUUAAGAUUAACAGCCACUUAAUCUUUUAAUAAUUUUACUGCAAGGAUAGAUUAUAUUAAAUCUAUAAAUCAUCUUCGUUAUACUGCAGAUGUUCAGCUUGUGUGACAUUACAUUUCCGCAGUCAGGCUUAUUAAGAAAAAAUGACACAGAUUACAUUUUUACUGUAUAUACACUCCAUUUAUACAGGUGGAUAUUUUACUGAAUCAAUUCAGGUACAAUAGGAGCACCCCACCUGUCAGUCAAACUCACUAGCCUUGAGUUGCAAGCCUAGUUUCUAGUUGCUACCCAUCUGGAGCCUGUCCCAGCUGAGAGGGCACUGACUCGGUGUGUUUGAGUGAGUAUUGCAGUCCUGAGUGAGUGAAGCUUAGGGCUGAACAUAUUCUUCUGGAACCAUCCGUAGUGAUCCUCCAUCCACACUGUCCUUCGACCCACGCUCACCUUCCAUCUCUCUCCAAGUGGGCAUAGGUGGAUCUGAUUAACACUCUGUUUACUGUAGUUCCGUGUGUUUGAAUGUAGUGUCUUUUUUUUUUUUUUUACUACUUUGCAACUUAUUUUAACUGCUUAAAUGUGACCAUUCUUGUGUAUUUUCCUGUAUCUGUAGACUAUUGUUAAUUCUUGAUGACUAUGACACAUGAGGCCAAAGCCUUUAAUCGGCUGUGGUAGGUUUAAUAGGGAAACGCGUCGUUAGGAAUGGAGAGGCCCUGAUUCUGCUGUAAAUUGGAAGCGUUGAAUUUUGGGUGAGGGCAGGUGACAUGAGAUGGCCCUCAGGAGAACCUGAAUAUUGCACUCGUAUCACCUGGGUCUUGAUUGUCCGUUGGUCACACAGGCAAAAUAAAUAUAUUGAUUUUGAAGAUGAGGGGGAAAUAUACAGAUCUCACUUAUCUGGUGUGUUCAGGAAAGUCUAAUAUUUUUGUGAAAUUGGAUUUAAAAUUUAAAUAUUUUACAGAAAUCUAAAAUUUAAAUUCAUGAGUGUGUUUUUAGCUCUGUAUAUAGAUUUACUUAUUUUAGUUUUACUUGCUUAGGUUUUUUAGGUUUUGAUUAUGGUUGUGUUUUUAUUUAUUCAGCAUUUUCAAAUACUAUUUUGUUGUUGACUACUUUUUCGACUAGUAUUGUUUGAUUACUACAUGGUUACGAUUGUAGAUGUAAUGUGGAGGAUUGUAAUGUUGAUAUUUGAAUUAAACUUAUUUUAUACAUACUUUACUAAAGUACUUGAGGUACUAGCACUAUAUUUAAAAAAUUCACAAAUCGAGGUAGAUUCAAAAGUAAUGUAUAGCAUUUAGACCAGCAUCAGUUACAUACUUAAUGGGGCAUUUCAUCCAAAAAUCAAAUGAAUGUAUGUUUCCAUUAACCCAGAGUGCUGUCUAUCCAUCCAGAUAGUUUUGCCGAGAUUUGACUUGCACUGAAACUCUACAUUUGAAAACUCCAGCACAACGUCGCUUUUCAAAUAUACUGCCAUGGUUAUUCACAAAUGUCCACAGAGCUUAAUUUGUUCACCAUUUAAUCAAAAACUACUUCUUUCUUCUCAGAGUAUGCCAAGUAUGUAUAUCUCAGCCAAAGGUUUCUGCUCGCGGACGAGUAUGAAGUGUGAGAGACUUUCACAGAAUAACACCAUCUCAAGUGCAGAACAGCUUUGAAAUUCAUAGUUGAGAUAUUAAUGAGUGUAAUUUCUGUCGUACAAAACACCCAUUAAUAUCCUAACCAUGAGAUUUGUGUAAACCUGUGAAAUCUAGAAAACUCUGUGAACUUAUCUUGAUGUACUUGUAAUACUAAUACUUGUACUUGGUAAUACUAGUACUUGGUAAUUUCCCAUUUUGGGUUAACUGCCGCUUUAAUGCUUUUGACAAUAGUCCUGAUGAUCCCCAAUAUUUCUGAAACAUAAUCUAUUACUCACCAAAGUAUGCACAAUCAUGUUACAGAAGAAUUUUGUUCUGAAUUUUGAUGAACACAGAUGUUUCAUUUAAAAUUGUCAGUAACCUGACAAUGUCAGACAAUGCCAGCAUUUAAAAUAUUUCUGAAACCCAGGUCUGAUAUCAUUAUACAUAAGAAGUGUUUUAGACGAGUGUGCACUGUUUCUUCAGGGUAAAAAAGUAUUAUUUACUGUAGCCAUAAGGGGCAUCUUGCUGUACAUGAACAGUGCAAACUUUAUGAGUGCCUUACUAUGGUGUUGGAACUAAGGGAAUUUGUUGGUCAGAAAACCUUGAGUAAAAUCAUGAGGGAAUUUCACUUCAAUAGCACAUUUAUACUGAACUAAAACAGUCUGUGGAUAACAUUUUAUCUGAUGUUUUGUGUAGCACAUACAACAGUUUAGACCUACAGUCUUGUUCUACAGUCAAAAGUUCAGGCAUUUUCCUUUGUUUGGAAGCACAAUUAAUAGUAGGAUUUCCUUAGCCUUUUGUAAAAUAUUGACAAAAAUAAAUGUAAAAAAAUUAUAAUAUUGAA